AUGCCACGUCUUUUCAGAAUCGCCAUUGAUGGGCCUGCAGCUUCUGGAAAAAGUACCACAGCUAAACUAUUAGCCAGUAGAUUAGGGUUUACUUAUAUUGACUCUGGAGCCAUGUUUCGGGCUAUUACAUUGAAAUGCCAGCAAAACAACAUUAAUCCCACUGAUCCACUCAAUCAAGAUCAAGUUGCACAGAUUGCAAAGAACUCGCACAUUUGUUUUCCUUCAUUAGGCCAGAUCGAACUAGACGGACACAAUGUGAGCCACCUUAUUCGCACUUCCAACAUCACAAGAAAUAUUAAUCUGGUUGCAGCAAAUCCUCAAGUACGAAGUGCACUUGCAGAAUAUCAGCGUGCGAUUGCAAGUCAACGCAUCAAGGGCGUUGUCAUGGAUGGAAGGGAUAUCGGAACGGUCAUUCUUCCCGAUGCAGAACUCAAAGUGUUCAUCGAGGCUGAUGUCUGGGUGCGUGCCCAAAGACGAUUCGAAGAAUUAAAGAACAGACAGGGAAACUCAUUGAAGGAAACUCUGGAUGAUGUUAAACUUGACCUCGAAGCUCGAGAUUUAGCUGAUCGCACACGCAAUAUUUCGCCAUUAAAAAAGGCAGGGGAUGCGCUCGUAUUGGAUACAAGUAGUUUAUCGAUAGAAAAACAAGUAGGAAUCAUUCAAAAUUGGGUCUAUCAAAGGAUUUCACAAUAA